AUGGAAGACUACGGGGAGGUAUAUACUCCACAACUCAACUCCGAGACGGCUGAGAUUCGCCUUCUCUUCCUGGAGCCUAGCCUCGACGCUAGCUCUUGGCCCAAGGGACACCUCGAGGUCAGGUCUCUGAAUGAUAAGCCAGUGUAUGACGCGAUCUCAUACGCAUGGGGAGGCUCACAAGACGUUCGCCCUGUCUUCAUCGAGGGCAUUGAGGUCCCAGUCACAAAAACUCUCUGUAGCGCUUUGCAACAUCUGCGCUAUGAAAAGGUGCCAAGAUAUCUUUGGGUGGAUGCUAUUUGCAUCUUUCAGCAAGAUCUAGAGGAGCGGGGACAACAAGUUGCCCUUAUGCACCGCAUCUUCUCCCAAGCGGCUAACGUACGCAUCUGGCUUGGGGUUGAGACUCCAUCAACCAGUAGCCUUUUCGCUGAGUUCCGGAAGAUUGAGGAAUAUGUGCAAGACCAUGACUGGCGGGACACUUCGCCCAAUGCUUUCUGGGGCAGCAGCCUAUUUGACGAUGGUGCACGUGAUACACUGCAAGCCGACUAUUGGAAGAGACUCUGGACUAUUCAAGAAAGAGCCCUUGCUAAGAAGUACACCAUUCAUGCAGGCUCGUCACGGUUUAAGCCUACAGAAGGCGCACUAUUAGCCCUGAAAGCACAGAUGCCCGAGGAUUCCGAUACUCAACACAAAGUAUACCGCCUUAUGUUGAAUCUCUCGGCGUUUCCAGUUGCCUUGUCUCAGAGUGGGGUGUCGUUGCCAGAUAAAGGCCGAAUAGCGAUAGCGUUCUUCGCUCGAGCCAGGAAAUGCAUAGCAACCGAUCCACGAGAUCGUGUACUCGGUCUCCUGGGCAUCUGCAUCUCGUUGUUUGGCAGCCAAUUCCUGCAGGCUGAUUAUAAAGCGGACACAGCGACGGUGUACACUGAUUUCGUUGAAAGUCUCAUGGCUCAUAGCCAAUCGCUACUCAUUCUGACGCAAGCCGCAUCGUAUCACAACAGCCUACCGAAUCUGCCUAGCUGGGUGCCGGACUGGUCCUCCUCAUAUGACCACAGACAGCACCCUUUGCUUUUGCCAAUGUGGGACUUGUAUUCUGCUUUUCGAUUGCUGCCUGCCGAGCCUGAGUUGCCUCAGCGGAUCGCCCACAAGCUGAUGAUACGAUCAGUAUUCCAUGCGAACGUUCUGGAGGUCGGACAAGUGUAUUACCCUGGUGCCAUUGACGCAUAUACGAACAACAUUGUCUCGAUGGCGAAUGAGGCCACUCUCAAAUCGUGGAAACAGCUUUACGAACUUGCCGCCCAGUCAGCACCGAAGCAAUGCACUAACCCAAAGUCGGUGAGACGAGACUUUGUCAGAACAUUGCUGUGGGAUCUUGACCCAGACUUCCGAGGUGGCCAGCACUUUGCCCCUUACUCUGCCAUUGUGGAUUGGCGUUAUACCAUUGAGCGCUCACGACUCACUGAUCAGAUGCUUGACGAGAUCCUAGACCAGCAAAGUGAAAAAACGCACGGCGCAGGGACUGGAAGUCGGCAUGAGACACAUGGAAACUUCGCUACGGAGGAAGCACUCAGCUGGAUCGAGGGAAACUUGGUCAACAAGCGCUUCUUUGUCACGAACAAGUAUGGGCCUUGCAUCGGACCGCGGAACACUAGGGUCGGCGACGUUGUUGCUGUGUUGGAAGGUGCUCACAUGCCUUUCGUGCUCCGGAAAAAGGCAGCAUCGGAAAGCUCAAUGGACUACUUCUUGGUUGGAGUUUGUUAUGCUCACGGGAUCAUGGAUGGCGAGGCAGUCAAAGGUCCAGACGCUGGCAAGCUGGAGGAGAUAUGGUUGGUAUAG